AUGCAUUCAAUACUGAUAUUUUUAUUCUCUACAAUUUUCUGCGGACAAGUUGUGCAUGGUCUGCAACAUGAUAAAGGAGACUACAGACCUGAAACUUAUCCUUAUGAUGACGGAAAAUAUAGGCCGAUCGGCGACGAAGGAAAAUAUUAUCACGUAAGCGACGGCGAAAGAGGUCCCUAUUAUUCACGAUAUGGAUUCGGAAAAUAUACCGGAAAAUAUUUACCUGAUCCAAAAGGAAAAUACAAGAGGCCUGUCGUAACAACUCCAAAAUACGAUGAGGGAGGUGCUAGGAUAAUUCAACAAAGGCAUGGAUUUAAGAAUGACGCAUAUCAUCAUUAG